AUGGACGUGUCGGGCGGCGUGGACGCACCUACGGAGCAUGACGCAGUCGCGCGCAGGGAGCGGCCAUGGCUUUAUGCAUCAAACCGCAAGCUUCGGCAUCUCCAUGGCAUCUCCGUUCGCAACUUGGUGGCAACGCCGCCCCCGAAUCGAGCUCGCGGCAAGACGAUUGACGACGACGAUAUCCCCAACGCUCUGAGAUCGCCCUCGAAGCUUUUAGCUCAAAAUGAGACUCGACCAUUGCAUCCUUCACGAUCUUUCACGGAUCUUAAGUCGUGUUCGAGUCAAGAUGGCCAUGCGGACAAGAGACCUGACAUGCGCGAGUCGCGUCGCCGAAGCCUGCUGCCAUGGAACGACCCCAAUCCUCGAACGUGGCAGAUCCGGCUAGAAGACAUCACUAAGAGUCGUAUGGCGGAUACAUUCUUUUCCUUACACUGCAAUGGCAUCGAAGAGCCGGUCUACAUCAGCGAAGUGGUCGAUAAGGCAACCAACCCCAACUUUCGAACGUUCGACCUCGACUUCUGUGGUCCGGCAGUUUCUCGCCGAGAUAGUUUGACUAUAAAGCUUUGGGUGAAGACGGAGAAUAUGUUCGAAUUUGUCCUGCUGGUUGAAUUGCAGCAACAUCUACGCUCCUUGCAAUUCUUAGGGAGGACCCUCGAGAGCUUUCACCAGCCUCUUCCUGCAAAUUGCAUUCUGUUUCAUUUUCCCGAUGGCGUUUACACAAAUCUGACUGAUAUUCCGCCGGUUGAACCACCUCUCAAUGGCGCAGGUCAACGAACCACUGCCGAUGGAGCAGUGCUGCCUACGUCUUCCUACGACGCGUUGAUGCGAUUGGCGAAUCUGGACGAGUGCGUUCAGGACGCAUUGGCGAUCCGAGAGAGAUUGGAGACGCAAAUUGGGGAUAUCUUGAAGAAGAACGAGAGUGCACUGGCAAUCGAGAGUGGGGCUGCUAAGGCGCAGGACCGCCUUGCCUCAAUUAGACAGGCCAUCGCCGCUGAGCGAAAGCAGAUUCGAGCUGCGAACAAGCGCAAGGAGGAGCUUAUCACCAGCAUUAAGGCCCGAAACGAAUCUAUGAAACAGGGUCUCUUUGCGCAAGAGAAAGCCCGAAGUCACCUCCCAGAUGCGAAGGAGAAACUGGUCAGCAGCGAACAAUUGCUCAGCCGGAAUGCGGAAGAAACCAAGGGCCAGAUCCGGCGGAUUGCAGAGGACCUGAUGGUGAUCUAUCCGAUCGAUCCGAUUCCCGACAAGACACUGGCGUUUACCAUCGCCGGACUACCACUACCCAACUCCAAUUUUGAGGAUAUUGAUCGCGAAGAGGUUGCUGCAGCGCUGGGUCAUACCGCUCACCUCGUAUAUCUGCUCUCUUUCUAUCUCUCUGUUGCGAUACCCUACCCGAUUAGUCCGAGCCUCUCAACCUCCUUGAUCCACGACCCGGUGUCCCAGGAUCUCCCGCAGCGCACCUUUCCACUGUACCCUGUCAGCGUCCACUACCGAUUUGAAUAUGGAGUCUUUCUCCUGAACAAAAACAUCGAGUUCAUGUUGAACAAGCAAGGCAUCCGGGGUCUCGAUAUCCGACACACCCUUCCCAACCUCAAAUACCUCUUCUACAUUCUGACCGCCGGCACACCCAAUAUCCCUGCCCGCAAAGCAGGUGGUAUUCGUGGUCUUGGUGGCAGAUUGACCCCGAACCUGUCUCGGCGUGGUAGUACAGACAGUGCCGCCUCAGGUGAAAUCGUACACUCUCGCAAGAUUUUCGAUUUGGUCUCCCGGAUGAAUGGGCUGGCACUAGAUGGGGCCAACCGAAGGGGCACGGCAAACACCGCCGCUGCCGUCUAG